AUGGUACUACGAAUGGCGAGACUAACUGACGAUGCCGACUACGAUGCCGGUGAAACGUCCGGGAAAGUACCACGUCCACGGUACUACUCUGGAAAUGAUCAUGCAUACAAUGGACUUCGGACUAGGUGCGUUCCGCUAAGUCUUCCUACCAAUAUGAUCAAGUUGCGAAAACAAGGUCAAACAACUUCUAAACAACGAAAUGAGACUGCGGCCAUACAAAAGGCCACAGCAUCCUGGUGUUCAUAUAAUGAAUUGCCUAAUUGA